AUGACGGAGCAAUUCGAGCCGUUGCAGAACGAUCUGAUACUCAGGGCAGCAUGGGGCGAGGAGAUUGAACGGCCGCCAUGCUGGGUGAUGCGGCAAGCUGGCCGUUAUCUACCAGAGUACCACGAGGCGAAAGGCGACCGAGACUUUUUCGAGUGCUGUCGGGAUCCAGAAGUCGCCUCGACCAUCACCCUCCAGCCUGUCGAGCGAUUCGCAGGGCUGCUCGACGCAGCGAUUAUUUUCUCGGACAUCCUCGUUGUACCGCAAGCCAUGGGCAUGACAGUUGAGAUGGUCGACAAGAAGGGCCCGCACUUCCCUGACCCGCUGAAGAGUCCGGCUGACAAACAAUACGAGGAGGUCAUGGCGAAGGCUGUCGAUGUUGCGAAGGAGCUAGACUACGUAUACAAGGCCAUUACCGUGACAAGAAGAAAGCUCAAGGGCCGCGUACCACUGAUCGGUUUCUGCGGCGCCCCGUGGACGCUGCUCUGCUAUAUGGUCGAGGGCGGUGGCACUAAGCUUUUCAAGGAGGUCAAGACAUGGAUCUACAAGUACCCCGAGGAGAGUAAGAAGCUGUUGCAGAAGAUUGCGGAGGUCUGUGUAGAGUACCUGGCGCUACAAGUGAAAGCAGGUGCUCAGCUUAUCCAAGUCUUUGAUUCAUGGUCAGGGGAACUCUCCCCAGCGACCUUCAAGCAGUUCUCGGAGCCUUAUCUGCUCUACAUCGCAGACAACCUUCCAAAGAAGUUGAAAGAGCUUGGUCUAGACCCGGUACCCAUGAUUGUCUUCCCCAAGGGAUCAUGGUAUGCUCUAGACUCAAUGUGCGACUCAGCGUACAAUGUCGUUGGUCUGGACUGGCUUGUCGACCCAGCUGAUGCCACGAAGAUCCGAGGUGAUCGAAACACCGUGCUUCAAGGCAACGCAGAUCCCGGCGUACUGUAUGGCUCCAAAGAGUCAAUGCAGCAGGUAGUGAAAGAAUUGGUGGACGGGCUGGGUUGGGCUCAGAAAAAGAAAGGAUGGAUCUUCAAUUUAGGUCAUGGUAUCACCCCCUUCGUCAAGCCGGACGAUCUAAAAUUCCUCCUCGAGGAAGUCCACCGGCAAACACUAGCUGCAUGA